UCCCAUAUGAAUCCACGUUAAAUUUGCUGUGUACUUUUUCUUGUGGACUUCCGGUUGCUGGUUGGGGGACAUGGAGCUCUCGGACAUCUCGUUCAACAUGGCAAAUUCGGGCGCAGCCAAUUCGGGGUGUCCGGGCGAUGACUUCUACGACGACCCGUGCUUCAACACGAGUGACAUGCGCUUCUUUGAGGACCUGGACCCCCGCCUGGUGCACGUGGGCCUGCUGAGCAAGCCAGACGACUCUUCGUCGUCAUCCGGGUCGUCGCCUCUGCACGGGCAUCACCAUAACAUGCACGCGCACCUACACCCGGCUGCGGGCGCAACCGAGGACGACGAGCACGUGCGCGCGCCCAGCGGGCACCACCAGGCGGGCCGCUGCCUUUUGUGGGCGUGCAAGGCGUGCAAGCGCAAGACCACAAAUGCCGACCGGCGAAAGGCCGCCACCCUGCGAGAGCGCCGCCGCCUGGGCAAAGUUAACGACGCCUUCGAGACGCUUAAGCGCUGCACGUCGGCCAACCCCAACCAACGGCUGCCCAAGGUGGAGAUCCUGCGCAACGCCAUCAGCUACAUCGAAGCCCUGCAGGCGUUGCUCCGCGCCGGGGCGGCUAACAGCACAGGCGGCGCUCCCGGAGGUACGGGCGGGCCGCACGACGCAUUCUACCCGCUUGUCGAGCACUACAGCGGGGACUCAGACGCCUCCAGCCCCCGCUCUAAUUGCUCUGACGGCAUGACGGACUUCAACGGGCCGAGCUGUCCGUCAUCGACCCGAACAACUUUUAACACUGCAAGCUUUUUGAGCUCCACUAACAACAAUGACGGUGCAAAGUGUGAGAGAGCUACGGUGGUGUCCAGUUUGGAUUGUUUGUCCAGCAUCGUGGAGCGAAUCUCUACCGACAGCAACACCAACAUUGCCAAUGGCACCAACAACUUGAUAGUGCCUAGUGAUGGGACCUGCUCGCCCAAAGGUGAUACCCAGACUGAGGACACCGCCGCCCUCGCCCCCGCCGAUGAUGCCAACACCCUGAGUGGCGAACGCGACCCUAACCUGAUCUACCAAGUCCUAUAGAGUCUAAAAAACAAAACAAAAAAACAAACAAACAAACAAACAAACAAACAAACAAACAAACAAACAAAAAGGAAUUCUCACCACUAUAAAUUAAUACUUUUAAAGUUUUGUGUUAUUGCAGAGCAGGAGCGUAUUGUUGCUAUAACAGAAAAAAGAUCCAUAUCACUUAAAACAUGAUAAGUUCUACAUUUUAAAGUGAUGAGUUUUUUAUUGUAGUGUGGUAAGUUUGACAGACAGCCCCCCCCCCACACACACACUCACACGUUAAACGGAUCCUACAAGUAUGACACGCACACACAUUUUCAUCACAAAAAAAAUGUCAACUUGACACAAGAGGACAUAAUUUGUUUUGCUUACAGUACAGUACAGUACAGUUCAGUACAGUUACAGUAGUAUUAAUUACAAAUCAUAGUGCAUGGAGACAAACUUCAAAUAUAUUUAAAUUAAUUUACACUUUCUGUUAAUCAUAACAAAUAACAACAACAACAACAACACAGAUGUUAAUAAUUUCCCAAAGAGCACCAGAAAAAGAGGAAUUUUGACCAUACCAAGGUUGUUCCAAGUUUCUCCUUGUGAUUUUGAAUGAUUUUUGCAGCCUUCGGGGAUAUUAUUUAAUGCUUCCAUACUUUUUUUGUUUUCACCUAUAAUAAUGCUAGCAAUUAUAUACAAAGAUGAACUGUCAUCACUGCAAGAUGUCUACUUUUUGUUAUAAGUAAACAGUGAAUAGUAUGUUUUUAUUUAAAUGAUUGAUGAUUGUUUUUAGUACGGAUGUGUGUUGUUAUCCCAAAGGGUUUAAUAUCGGUUCAACACGUUUAAAUGGGAUACAGUUUAAUGUUUUAACUUAAUAAGCAAAAACAUGAAAUUUAUCACGUUGUAACGUCACAGUGAACUUAUUUUUCCUACAAUGGCCGCAACACGUUUCUGUCUGUGGCGCACAGUGACAUAUUUAAAAUGUAUUUAAAUGCUUUCCUACUUCUUUCUAGCAGUAAAAAAAUAAUUAUUGUCCUAAAUAAUAUGCAGUGAAUUUUAGGAGUGGUGCUUUGAACCACUGGGAUGCCUUUGUUUUCUUUUUUUCUAUGGUUUGUUGGCUUCCACACAACAGCAGAUUUUUGUUAUUGCUGUGAUGACUAAGAAUUGUGAACAUGAACACUUUGUUUUAAGUUUGGAGGUCAAACAUGCGCUUAACAUUCCUCCACCUUCAGCUUCAAGUCCUCCAACUAAGAAAAACACAUAAACGUGAUUGAUUUAUUGACUGCUUGGUGGCUCCAGUGCAGCAGAGGACCAUUGUUGUACAUAUGAGCUAAUGUUGUAAAUAAGAGUGUUUGUUCUCUGUAUUUAAUGCUUUUGUUUGUUUGUCGUGAAAAGAAAAUGCUCAACUUUAUAUUUAUACAAACUGAGUGA